AUUCGCACACAAGAUGAGAUGAAAAAGGUCAACAAUGAACAAUGACGGACCACAAUAAUUUUGGAAAGGAUGCACUGGAACGCCUGACAUUAACGGAAUCCAGGAGACGAUGGCAAGUUCUGUUGGAACGUGAAGAGCAAGUCCGAUCAUGUGUUGCUGCUUGUCCGCCGAGGCGAAAAAAGAAAGAUAUUGACAAAGAGGAUGAGCCAGAAGAAGGCCCCUUCGAUUUGCAAUCCGUGGCCAUUCCUCCCAUUCACACCGUGAUUGAGAACUUGCUGGAAGACUACAUUCUGCAGUGGCAGCAGCUAGACUUUCGAAAAGUCAACAAUGAUCAAGAACCCAACAACCAUGAAAAACCUAGCAACAAUGAUACUACAACUACUACUACUACCGAAAACCCAGAGCCACUCAAGAAAAAACGCAGGAAGUUUUGGCACAACGAUCAGCACUUGAAAAUCCCCGAAUCGUUUGACUAUGCCACGCGACAACCAGCGCCAAGCGAUGACGAUGACAACAACAGCACUCGAGUUGUGGAUCUCUUGGAUCCGACCAAACAAAUAUCCUACAAUCAAGCCCUCUGGGAAUUGUUUGAGCAGGUCCCCACCUUGGAAGAAGUGGAAGCACAGCUCCUGGAAGGACAUGAACUCCAUCAAACCAGUCGCGUGCUACAAGAUAUUGUCGAAGGAUAUCAAGCCUAUUCCAGAAUUGAUGCACACGGUCUGUCGCAGAUGCGAAAGAAGGACAGGCAUGAGAUGCCACCGAUUGGUCAGAAUUUCAACGCCAGCAGGACUGGUAUGGACGAGGACAGAGAAUCUACCAUUACAUUCGAGUGCUGGAGAAGAGAACCUAGGCGAGGUCCCGUACUAGACCCUGAUAUGGCCACCUUUGAAAUGGUGGGAUCACAAACUCUGGCGGAUCUGCACCAAACCAUUGUGGAGCUCACAGAAGACGAGCUGUGGGAAUUUGUCAAAGCACCAGCCACUGCAGCCACCCAAAACAAUCCUCCAAAUGAUACCACAACCAAUAACGAGAAUGCGGAUCCACCAGAACCAGAUUCGGGCUACUUUUUCAUCGAAGACACAUUCUACACGAUUGGUUCUGUCGAUUACGUGACACCCAUUAUCGAAUGGCUGGGGGAAUGUGACUCUUUGGCUCGCAGAAAUAUCUUGGGGAUUUCUGCAACUGCAAAGCUACAAAUCAAACCCAUGAAACAUGCAAAAUUGAAGGAUAUUCCCUUUCGAUUGGGAGUCCGCUAUCAUCAUGCCUGUCACGGUGACGUGGAGUGCGCCUUUUUUGUCACGGAUCGGCAUCAUCCCCGAAAACAACAGCAACCACAAGACAAGGCUGCGGCAAAGCGAAAACCCCAUUUUCCCUUGCUGGUGCAUGAUACUUGGGCCGUCUCGCACGGAUACACGGAUUGUGAAGGGUGUCAAAAAUACCCCGUCUGUGUGGCCACAUCCAACCAGUGUGCUUUGGCCUUGGGACAUCGGGCUCUUUGUCAACAAUGCAGUCAGAUAUUGCUUGGCUUUGACGUUAAUCAGAACCGCAGCAAAGCCUCAGAAGAGGAACACGUUCCCAAGCAGCUACCAGCCGAUGCUGCACCCCACGACACUGACAAACCGGGAGCUGAAAAUAAUGCCGAGCGGCAAUCUCAUGGUGAUACUUGCAUGUCGUAUGCUUUGUGGAGAAACGAACAAUUGCUCUCCACUGGGGCAGCAAAGAAUCCAUUUUUUUAGACCUUGGAUCAGAUGGCUUCAUUGGACCACAAUGCAUCAGGAGUUGCUUAAUUAGUUGUGUUCUAAAGCUAGCUAGCUACUAGUAUAGAGCUCGGGUAAGCCGAACAUAAAAAUGGAGUUGUUUUCCCUUGCGGUAGCUUCCUUCAAGCUAAGUUUGGAUAACAAUUUGAGAUAUCUUGUAGGUUCAAUCAUCAGUGCCAACCCUUCC